UAUAUAAUGCAUCGAUCUUUUUUAAAGAUUCAACGUUUUCACGGAGAGACCUCUCCUUCGUGUUUGUUAACUAUCUAGAGAGAGGAGGGAGAUGGCAGGGAAUGAUAAGGGAGUUGUGUGUGUGACUGGUGGAACUGGGUUCUUAGCUUCGUGGCUGAUCAUGAAGCUUCUCCAAAAUGGCUACUCUGUUCAUACUACCAUUAGAGACAUCAACAGAGACAUUAGCUUCCUCAGAAACCUUCCAGGCGCAUCCGAGAGGCUCCAAAUUUUUGUUGCUGAUCUUGAGCAGCCAGACAGUUUCGAUGCAGCCGUUGAAGGAUGCACGGGAGUCUUUCUUGUCGCUCAUCCCGGUGCUUUUGAUGACAAAGAACCCGAAGAAAUGGAUACCAAAAGAAGAGUCAAUGGGGCACUAGGCAUUUUAAAGGCUUGCCUCAAUGCAAAGACAGUGAAACGAGUAGUGUACACUUCUAGUGCAUUCACUGUUUUAUUUAACGAUAAAGGUUUAGAUUCAAUUGAUGAGAGUGCGUGGACUGAUGUAGAUUUUGUUAAAGCUCUGAAGCCUUUUGGAGCAUCCUACAUCAUAACUAAGACCUUAAUUGAAAACACUUGUCUUGAGUUUGCAGAAAAAAAUGGGUUGGAUUUUGUUUCACUAAUUCCUUCUAUGAUCACUGGCCCCUUCAUUUGUCCCCGUUGCCCGGGUUCGGUGUAUACAUCGUUGGCUAUGAUUUUUGGUGACAAAGAUCAGUACAAAAAUCUUACUGUUGCACCUAUGGUGCACGUAGAUGAUGCUGCAAGUGCACACAUCUUCCUUCUUGAAUAUCCUGAGGCAAAAGGAAGGUACAUUUGCUCAGCAGUAGAAAUAACAGUUCGUGAGAUGUCUGAAUUUUUAUCAGCAAGAUAUCCUGAAUAUCAAAUACCAAAAAUUGAUUCCUCUGAAGGGUUUAAAUAUUAUAACCUUUCAUCAAAGAAGCUAUUAGAUUCUGGAUUCACGUGCAAGAACGGCCUCAAUGAAAUAUACGAUGAGGCAAUUCAAUGCUGCAAAGAAAAGGGUCUUCUCUAAUUUAUGCUUAGUAUGGUUUCUUAAUAAUGUUGUAAACUUUUGUUUUUGUUUUUUAAUUGUCUCUCUGCUUUGCCCUCAUAUGUUUUCUAUUUAGAAAUGCUAACAGGACAAUUUGUAUUGAGUGCGUGCACAAGGGAAAAGCAAACUCUCUGUGCUAUGCCCUCGGUUGUGCUGUAUUAGGAUUCAUAAAACAAUUUGGGCACCUUCCCUCUAGAGUGCGCUAUCAUACUAGGAAAUGAUAAAUCAUAAAAGUAAUGGUUAACUUAA